GGUGCUGAUCGGUCCACCUUUUCUCUCUCUCAUCUCCUAGGAGUAAUGGAGUCCAAAGAGGAACAAGUGGUGAAAAAGCUCAACGCAGAAAAUGCCAAACAAGAAAAGGAAGGAGGGGAGCAGGCCCCUGUGCAGAAUGAAGAGGAAUCCCGCCAUUUGGGAGGCGGUGAAGGCCAGAAGCCUGGAGGAAAUGUCAGGCGGGGGCGGGUUAGGCGACUUGUCCCUAAUUUUCGAUGGGCCAUACCUAAUAGGCAUAUUGAUCACAAUGAAGCAGGAGAUGAUGUAGAAAGGUUUGUAGGGCAGAUGAUGGAAAUCAAGAGAAAGACUAGGGAGCAGCAGGUGAGGAACUAUAUGCGCUUCCAAACUCCCGAACCUGACAAUCAUUAUGACUUUUGCCUCAUACCUUGAAUCCUAAGGUUUUCCCAGAGGUUAAUAAUGUGGCCACUGCUUUACAAGCUUGUAUUUUUGUGAUUUACUUUUUCUGUAAACCUUUUGGUGUUUACAUUUAAUCAGUUUCUAAUUGAAUAUUGUUUUGUCUAAGUCUGAAAGUUUCUGUCAGCAUGGCAAUUUCACCCAUUUUAGGAAAAUAUUCUUUUCCUAAUAUGAAAUUAAUAAAGCAGUUUAAAAAGCAGUCUAUAUUCCAUCAUCUUCCUGUUCCACCUCCUUAUUUUUUGUUAAUAUUACCUUUCCCCUCCUAGCUACCUGGACUCAAAAUCUCAGUUUUCCUUGACAAUUAUUGUUUUCCUACAUACAAUCAAUAAGGAACAAUCAUACCC